CCUGUAGUGGCCACGAAAACAAAUGUCGCAAUGUCAACAAGCACGAUGGAACGAUGGUUUAGGAGCGCGCUACUUUCGCGGCGGUUGUGAGGAGCGUUUGUUCAGUAUCGUGAAGCUGCUGAUUGAAUCUACUUUGUCAGUUCUAUCGAUUGCCAAUAUGCACUGUCCGCACGACUGUUCACACGGUUCAGCGGCGCCAUCAGUUCACCAAACAUUGGAAGAACUAGAUUUCAGCAGAGGUCUGCUCGGCGCAGCCUCUGAUGGGGACUACAAGAAGGUCGAGUCACUUCUUCAGAAAGGCGGUGAUCCUGAUCAGGUGGACGGUUACGGCUACAGUGCACUUAUCUAUGCCUGCAGGCAUGGACAUUCAGACGUAGUUGAACUGCUGCUCAGUCGUGGUGCACGACCAAAUGUGCAGACAAACGGGGGUGCCACAGCCCUCCACCGUGCAUCUUACAAAGGGCACGUGAAAUGCGUGCAUUUACUUCUCAGCAAAGGUGCAGACUGCACUCUAGUAGACAGUGACGGCAAAACAGCCCUGCACAAGGCAGCAGAGAAUGGGCAUGAGGAAGUCUGCAGGAUGCUUCUGCAAAAGUCCCCAGGUCUACUUGUGGUGAAGGACAGUCGUGGGAAGACAGCAUUGGAAUGUGCACUGCCAAAGCAUUCACACCUCUCCGAGGUGCUUCGGUGACCGCAACGAAUGUGGACAAUGAUAGCAGAACAAAACACUUUGUCUGACCCCGAUGUACUGUGGUUUGCUCUACUUGUGCGUUCCAUGGUACAUGCUACUUAGUGCAGACAAACCUGUCACACAUAUUUGUGUCUGGUAUCCCACCAAACUUGGCCUUCUUCACGUAUGUCCACUUUGUAAACUGUUUGUGUGCGGUUGCCAUGCGGUAAUCAAACUGAACUUGACAAAGCAAAACUAACGUUAUCAAGCGAGGAGACUGUGACUAAUUUUUUUCUACAUGCUGUAAAGUACAGCACUGACAUAACAAAACCCUAUAUCCCACCCAUGCCACACUGCCAGUUUCAAAUUCGUUUCUUAGCACCAUACAGGGUCGGCCAAUAUUAAAAGGAGCACCUACAUUCAGGCAGUUAUUUCACCAAAAGUGCAAGUUUGAAUUUUUGCUGGUUUGCAGAUGUUCAGCAGUUCCUCAUUUGAAGAGUGUGCCGAAUGCUGCCCUCAAACACUAAAUGGCAGUGUUCAAUGCAAAUAAGAUGUUCCCUUUGUUACUGGGGCCUUGUGCUCAUAUGCCCAAGCGAAAUUCUGCUCACAGUCACUAUCUGUGGCGUCAAGUCAAGUAAUGAAGACAACGAUCUGUU